UGAAGGCUGUUUACGAAGAAAGCUCAGCUCCUCUGACAAAAACAAGGGCUGGGACUCCAACGAGAGGAGCAGUGUGUCUGAUGCACAUUCAGCACAGGCUCUUCCUCCGUUUUAGACAUUUUCUAUAUAUUUGUAUUCAUUAGAUUUUACAGAAACAAAAAAGGGGAGCACACCAUGUUGUCUGUGAAUUCAGCCCGUCAGCUCUGCAGGAUGUUUUUCUCUCUGCACGUUGUUUUCCUGAGCGUGGCCAUUGUGGAGAGCAGUGCAUCAAAUGGAGAUCAAAGAGAUUGCAUGACAUCCAGUGGUGUGGAGUACAGAGGAGAACAACAGAGCUCCUCCUCAGGUCUGAUCUGCCUAAACUGGACCAACACAACCAGAGACUAUGAUGUUAACGUCCAUCCUGACUCGCAGACAGGUGUUGGAGAUCACAAUUACUGCCGAAACCCAGACUCCUCCGAGAGGCCUUGGUGCUACAUUGCUGGCCCAGAUGGAACAAUCCAGAGACAAUUCUGCACAAUUGAGACAUGCAAAGAGCAGACCUCGGCUGUGCCAGCAGAGGCCGAGUCCCUCAACCCAGCAGGAACCACUCCCUCCACAGAGAACUUCCAGCCGGCCAGGUCACAAGCUUCUCAGGGAGAAGUUGCUGCUGUGCAGCCAGUGAUGGGAAUCAGCCAGAGAGUCCGCACAGCACCUAAAAAGAAGAAGGACCUGGGCACUCUGGGCUACGUCCUCGGCAUCCUCAUGAUGGGGAUUAUAAUCGUCCUCGGAGUGGGCAUCACGCUGGGCUACUUCUAUAAGAGGGGUCGUGACAUGAAGAAGCAGCACGAGCAGCGGGUGUACGAGCGCGAGAUGCAGAGGAUCACGCUGCCCCUGUCGGCUUUCUCCAACCCCACCUGCGAGCUGGUGGACGAGAACACGAUAGUGAUCACGGCCGAGCACGAGACCACCCCGGUCCAGGAGGGCGUGGAGGGCGGAGACCCUCUCAUGGGCCAACAAGCCGGCACCCCCGGAGCAUGAGUUAGCAUGUCAGGACUGAGAUACACUUUUUUUUUGUGGACCAAAAAAGAAAGAAAAAAAAAAAAGCACUCCUAUCUCCCUGUUUCUCCUUUUCCACCUGUUCUUGAGGCAGUAGGGGAGCAGGGUUGGCUCCAAAGACUUGAACUUGAAUGCUGUGUCAUUUUGUGCCCCUUUUCCUUUUUUUUUUAAAGAAAAAAAUUCAAUAUGUGAGGCACAAACAAGAUAAGCUAGAUGGACACAAUCUUUAACAACUAAAAAAAACCAUGGAGGUGAAUUUGUUGUCAAUGAAGAUAUGUCACGAGGUCUUUGAAAUUCAUAUCUGAUAGCCAUGAGUAUACGGUCAGGCUGUCCUUCUAAGUAACAGCACGGAUAUCAAGUCAAGGCGAGUCAGUGUUUUUAAUACUCUGUGAAGAAACCAAUUCUUUAUGAAGAGAUAGUGUUUGGAAUGGGGAAAUGUUUGUUUUUGACUGGAGGUGUGGUUAUACGAUACGGCUGGGUGAUAAGUUUGAAAUUGUGUCGACCCACUGGCUAUGCCGAUGGAGACAGGUGUAUGUACAAAGACUGCUUUGUCCCAGAGAAAGACAAAAAUAGUCAUCCUGCUCUGAGACGACAGGAUGAGAGAGCAUGAGGUAAAAAAGAAAAAAAAAAACAGGCCCACUAAAGACAAGGGAAGGCCUCCAGCUCAGAAAAAAAAAACUGCCUUAGCAUGAUACUUCUGAAUGUAUUUGUUUAUCUUCUUGUGGAAUUUUUUUAAAAGUUUUUUUUUCUUCCUCAAGUGACGGGUCAAUGCAGUUUAAAAGCAUCGACGGAGGUCAUUGGCAGACGUGAAAGAAGCCCUUUUCUUCCACAGGUUAAGGAGUGACAGGAACUAUACAGAGCGCUCUCAGGACGCGUGAGAGACAGUAGUUAGUCCUCAGGACAAAACAGCACUGCCACAGCACAGAGCAGAUGGGAUCAGAAUAAGAAAAGAAAAAAAAGUCUGUCUUUGCAGUGCAGGACAGUGUGUGUUCAAGUGCUGAAGAAGCCUUAGAUUCAGACAUUUGAGAUGCAUUUGAUGCUUCAGAGUAGAGAAUGGAGCAGAUUAGAAACAGUCCAAAGUUUGCUGUUGUUCACAUAAAACAUCCCCAAAAAAACAUGAAUGCAUGUAUAAGGUUACCUGCUGUAUGUUUGCCGUUCAGGGGCCACUUUUUUGCAUCUUAAAAAGUAGAACUGUUCGUUGAGAAAUACAUUUAGAAAAAAAAAAGAAACCUGCCUGACGAUAGAAAUCAUACAGAAGACUUUAGUUGGUUGCACAUGAUGCACCGUUACUUCUCACUGUUUGUUUGUUACCACUGGAUCGCUCCAGAUGGUCUUGUUUUUGUGUUUAUUGCUGGAUCCACAUCACUGGUCAACUUUGGUUACUGCUGCUCCAUUAUUUUAAAUGUCUGUGUGCUGGCUGUAAUUUUUAUUUUUUUUCUCUUCAUUAUAGCAAUGUUGUUCAGCGUUUGAAUUUAGUACUUGUAUUUGUAUGGAUGCAGAUUUUCACUGCUGAGACUGAAAUAAAACAUCAAACACCAA